AUGGUAAACCUACUCAGGAAUGCCGAGCUUGUGGAAUCAUUGACUACAAGGAGCCCCUUACUCCAAAACCAUCCUGACCCUCUACUCCUUGACUACCCUGAGCGUCUACUCCUGGGCUACCCUGAGCCUCUAAUCCUGGACUACCCUGAGCCUCUACUUCUGGACUACCCUAAGCCUCUACUCCUGGACUACCCUGAGCCUCUACUCCUGGACUACCCAAAGCCUCUACUCCUGGACUACCCUGAGCCUCUACUCCUGGACUAUCCUAAGCCUCUACUCCUGGACUACCCUGAGCCUCUACUCAUGAACCACCUUGAGCCUCUACUCCUGGACUACUCUAAGCUUCCACUACUCCUAGACUACCCUCAACUUUCACUCCUGGACUACCCUGUCUUUCACUCCUAG